AUGAGUGGGCGGGGAAAAGGCGGCAAAGGGCUCGGUAAAGGCGGCGCCAAGCGGCACCGUAAAGUGCUCCGCGACAACAUCCAGGGCAUCACCAAGCCCGCCAUCCGCCGCCUGGCUCGCCGCGGCGGAGUGAAGCGCAUCUCCGGCCUGAUCUACGAGGAGACUCGCGGGGUGCUCAAGGUCUUCCUGGAGAACGUCAUCCGCGACGCCGUCACCUACACCGAGCACGCCAAGAGGAAGACCGUCACCGCCAUGGACGUGGUGUACGCGCUCAAGAGGCAGGGCCGCACCCUGUACGGCUUCGGAGGUUGA